AUGCCAAACGAACCAAAUGGGUAUUGUGGACCGCAUACGAGCGCCACCAAUAACAGUAUCCAGGCGACAAAUUUGAACAUGGAUGGGAAUUUACGCUAUCAACGACGUCCCGGUGAACAUUUAAUGCGUGGACCAUAUACGGGUCCAAUUCCACGGAUACGUUCGAAAAAUGUGAAUCCAACCAACACGGCCAUCGAUCAAUAUGAAGAUUGUUCUUCGACAGUGGAUCCCCUCUCAUCGAAUUCACUUAUAGAUUUUGACAAGCCCGACGCACAUCUUCCAAUGGACGAUGAAAGUUCGCGAACGUUAAAAAUUCGUUCCGCAAUUUCGGUGCUGAUUCCGGCCGCGUUUCAAUGUGUGGCUGCGAUUGCCGGCUUUUGGCCGCUUGCCAAAGAAAGUUCUAAUCGUUACAAGUAUAUUCAUAUUGUUUUCUGUUCAUUGGCUGUUUUACAAUGGUUACCUAGUGUACACGCUGUCGCCAUCGAAUUAAAUCAAACUUUUGUACAAAUGCACGAAUGGUAUCAGAUGUCAUCGUACUUAAUUUACGUGAUUUUGUUGUGCGCUGCAGCAUUUGGAGCCAUAAUCCUUCCAUCUAUAACGCUUUGUAUUGCCGCAACACAAUUGCUACCGUAUUCUCGGCAAUUAAAGGGUGACGUCAUAGGAGUAUGCCUGGCUUUGGGCACAGCACUAAUUGCAGCCAGUGUAUGCUGUUUUUCCGGCUACGCAACUUCGCGAUCCCUCACCAAUGUUACCCAAUGGAAAGCAUCACCGGUUAUCGCCAAUCAGAGUGCUCUCUACUCGUUUGCCCUGAAGGAGGUUAUUGUCGCUAGUUACGUGUUGUUAGCAUCUGUAUUUUUCUUCGUCGCCGCUGUACAGCGUAAUCAAAGUCUGGUGAUUGCGGCCGCUAUUAUUCAACUGAUUUGUGUACUAGCACUCAGCCAGCUGCUUAUACCGUCUCGUUUUGCGGCAGUGCUUAUCAACUCACGAGUUCUUUCCAUUGAUAAUAGCAUAUAUCCUGUAGCACAAGUCAAUGUUGUGCUCCUCUAUGCCUUCCUCAUAGCACUAUUACUUGUGAUCUCAAUUCAAUUUAUCGCCACUGUUAUCUCAAUUCGAAGUCAUUCCACGACCAUCGCCUCAGCGCCCACUCUGGAAUAUCCUCAGCAAAGAACGAGUUUUUGA